UUUUUUUUGACCAACCACAUGAAAGUGGCUUAUUGGGUAUCAAGAAAAAAAAAAAACACUAAAGUGACACACCAUGAUCUUUUCUCGACUAUAUACGGAAGACAGACUCAGUCAGCUCGAACAUGGCCAGAGCAGAUAUCGCGAUGGAGAUCCGGCACGAGGACUCAGCAGCAGGAGGACGCGGUGAUGAUGGGCCGCUCAUCAAAUACUACCGCGCCAGUGAAGCGCUGCCCGGCGCAGUGCCUGUCCUGCACGGCCUCCUCAGGAAGGGACCCGCCACCUGCGCGGCCGUGCAGACGUCCAGUGGGAUCCUCAGUUUUGGAAUAGGGGUCGUAUUUGCAGCGUCAUUCGGGAUAAAUAACAGUCUACUGACCUUAUUCCGAGUGCCGAUCAUUACUGGGAUAAUGUUUGUCGUGGCUGGAAUCUUGUCUAAUCUUCUGUACAAAAGCCCCGGGCUUCUACAGACUUGCUUCAUUGCCAACAUCGUGUGUCUGGUGGUGUCUGGGAUCGGAGUGAUUCUUCUGGCUGUUGAUCUUAAUUCAGUUGGAAAUCAAAUCGAGCACAAGAUGGAGGUGCUGGUGCUGUGCGUGACUCUGAUGGACAUGCUCAUCGCUGCAGUGCUGAUAUUCUGGUUUUACAGAGAGAAACGUGACCAUAAGAAGUGAUGGCACUUUCUUCUGCUCGUUCAAACAUCUGGAAGGAUGUGUUUGCAGUCUUCACCUCUGUGGCGUUUGAGCUCAUCAUUUCUCAGAAGGUUUAGCAACAAUAAUAGAAUUCAAGAACUAAAAAAAGCAGAAGUUACCACAACCAAAUUCUCUUCCCACGUAGUGCCUUUCCUGAGAUUCAGUCGUGGGAGUCUCAAAAAUAAACUGUGGCGUGACUGAAGAGAACCAGAGGUGGAGCCGUGUCAGUGACGAACACAUGCCAAAUGUGGAUGAUUUGACCUUUAAUGAGACUUGUUAGUAAAUGCCAGUAAAAUACAACAGUUCUUGGGUUUUUUCAGCAUGAACGAAGAGCUAAAGCAGCGAUCCAGCAUUUAUUACCUGUGAUGCUGGAUAUUAUUUGUCUGUACAUAUUUUCACAUUUAUACAUUGAAUUAAUGUAAUUCAAAAAUUUCUGUAUCUAUUACAUAUGAAUUUGAGUUAAUAAAACACCAUCUUAAUAAA